AUGGAGGAGACGGUGCGGUGGCUCGCCGUGUCCCAGAUCCUGAGCUCCCCGUCGGCCGCGCUGGUGGAGCGAAACCAGAGACCACGCGCGGCGAGGAAGUCUGCGCCGACGACCGGCGGAGUGAAGAAGCCCCACCGCUACAGGCCCGGGACCGUGGCGCUCCGGGAGAUCCGCAAGUACCAGAAGAGCACGGAGCUGCUGAUCCGCAAGCUGCCUUUCCAGCGCCUGGUCCGCGAGAUCGCGCAGGACUUCAAGACGGACCUCAGGUUCCAGAGCCACGCCGUGCUGGCCCUCCAGGAGGCGGCCGAGGCGUACCUGGUGGGGCUGUUCGAGGACACCAACCUGUGCGCCAUCCACGCCAAGCGCGUCACCAUCAUGCCCAAGGACAUCCAGCUCGCCCGCCGCAUCCGUGGCGAGAGGGCCUAA